AUGGCGGCGGCCGGCGGCGUGCGCGUGAACGCGGAGAUCAAGGAUCUCACGCGGAUCGAGCGCAUCGGCGCGCACUCGCACAUCCGCGGGCUGGGGCUGGACGACGCGCUGGAGGCGAGGAAGGUGUCGCAGGGGAUGGUGGGCCAGACUGCGGCCAGGAAGGCGGCUGGAGUUAUCCUGCAGAUGAUUAAGGAUGGCGCGAUCGCUGGGCGAGCAGUCCUGCUCGCUGGUCAGCCCGGCACGGGCAAGACUGCAAUCGCCAUGGGGAUGGCAAAAGCGCUUGGAGAGGAGACUCCCUUUGCGAUGAUGGCGGCCUCUGAGAUAUUCUCCUUAGAGAUGUCGAAGACCGAGGCACUGACACAGGCAUUCAGGAAAGCAAUUGGCGUUCGCAUCAAAGAAGAAACCGAGAUUAUCGAAGGGGAGGUUGUGGAAAUAGAAAUCGACAGGCCAGAAUCCGGGAACGUGGCAAAAACGGGAAAGCUGACGAUGAAGACGACCGAAAUGGAGACCCUCUACGACCUGGGGCAAAAAAUGAUCGAGUCAUUGCAAAAGGAAAGGGUCCAGGCUGGGGAUGUUGUUGCCAUCGACAAAGCCAGCGGGAAAGUCACCAAGCUCGGGCGGUCGUUCGCCAGAUCCAGAGAUUACGAUGCCAUGGGUCCGUCCACUCGCUUUGUUCAGUGUCCCGAGGGGGAGCUUCAGAAAAGGAAGGAGGUUGUGCACGUCGUGACCCUUCACGAAAUUGACGUCAUAAACAGCAGAACUCAGGGCUUCCUGGCCCUGUUCGCCGGCGACACGGGCGAAAUCCGGUCAGAAGUCCGUGAGCAGAUUGACACCAAGGUGGCGGAGUGGCGGGAGGAGGGCAAGGCGGAGAUCGUCCCGGGGGUGCUCUUCAUAGACGAGGUCCACAUGCUGGACAUCGAGUGCUUCUCCUUUCUGAACCGGGCCCUGGAGAACGACAUGGCGCCCGUGCUGGUGGUGGCCACCAACCGGGGCAUCACCAAGAUUCGGGGCACGGAGUACCGCAGCCCGCACGGCAUCCCAAUCGACCUGUUGGACAGGCUGCUCAUAAUCACCACCCAGCCGUAUGAAGAGGACGAGAUUCGGCUCAUUCUGGACAUUCGGUGCGAGGAGGAGGACGUCGAAAUGACGGAUGAGGCCAAGGAGCUCCUCACCAAGAUUGGGCACGAAACGUCCCUGCGGUACGCCAUCCAGCUCAUCACCUCCGCCUCCAUCGUGUGCCAGAAGAGGAAGGGCAACGAGGUGGACAUUGAGGACAUCAGCAGGGUGUACCAGAUGUUCUGCGACGUCAAGAGGAGCACGCAGUACCUGCUGGAGUACCAGGAGCAGUACAUGUUUAGCGAGCUGCCUGAGGACGACCGGGAGGAAAUGAAGGAGUCGUAG